GUCCAGCCCAAUACUAGGGUUAUUCUUCUCUUGAUAAAAGCUCAAUCUUCUCCUCCUCUCUCUUCUCAACUCAAAACCCUACCAGAGGAAGAAGACCAAAAGUCGAAUUGAGAGAUUCUGAAGAUUCGUAGAAACUCUCAUCAUCUUAUUUAAAGGCGAAAGAUAGAUAUGACUGCAGAAGUUAAGGUUGAGGAGAAGCAGGUGGAGUCUGAGGUUGUUAUUGCCUCUGCUGUUGUUCCUCCUGUGGAGGAGACAACAGUGAAAGCUGUUGUGGAGGACGAAGUUAAAGCUGUGGAAGAGGUUGAUGGGAGCGAGACUAAGGUUGUGGAGAAGAUUUCUUCUUUUAAAGAAGAGAGCGAUUUCUUCUCUGAUUUGAAGGAUUCUGAGAAGAAGGCUUUGAGUGAUCUGAAGACAAAGCUUGAAGAAGCCAUUGUUGAAAACACGCUGUUUAGGAAGAAGAAAGAGACCCCUGUGAAGGUGGUGGAGAAGAAGAAGGAAGUAGAGGAGAAGGCUGAAGACGAGAAGAAGAGUGAGGCUGAGGAAAGCCCCAAAGAAGAAGCAAAGACUGAUGCUGUUGUGACCGAGGAAGCCAAAGCUGAGACAACUGAGGAUGUUGUUCAAAAGGAAAGCCCCAAAGAAGAAGUAAAGACUGAGGCUGAUGUUGUCGACACCAAAGAGGAAGUGAAAGCUGAGAUUGCAGAAGAAGAGAAGAAAACCGAGGAGGCUGUUGUUACCAAAGAGGCUGAUGUUGUCGACACCAAAGAGGAAGUGAAAGCUGAGAUUGCAGAAGAAGAGAAGAAAUCCGAGGAGGCUGUUGUUACCAAAGAAGCCACUGUGGAGCAGGAGGAAGAAGAUGAGAUUGUGGAUAACGAUAUCGAGCUAUGGGGAGUGCCACUGCUUCCAAGCAAAGGAGCUGAAGGAACAGAUGUAAUCCUCUUGAAGUUCUUGAGAGCAAGAGACUUCAAAGUCAAUGAUGCCUUUGAGAUGCUCAAGAAAACCCUCAAAUGGAGGAAGGAACAGAAGAUUAAUUCGGUCCUUGGGAGAGACUUUGGCGAGGAUCUUGCCUCUGCAGCUUAUAUGAACGGUCUGGACCGUGAAUCACGCCCGGUUUGUUACAAUGUCUACAGCGUUUUCGGUAACGAGGAGCUUUACCAGGCGACGUUUGGAUCAGAGCAAACCAGAGAGAAUCUGUUGAAAUGGAGGUUUCAGCUGAUGGAGAAGGGAACCCAGAAGCUUGAUCUGAAACCAGGUGGUGUCACUUCUCUUCUCCAGAUCCAUGACCUCAAAAACUGCCCUGGACCUUUGAAGAAAGAGCUAUGGGUUGCAAUCAAGAACGCCAUAGUAGCUUUGCAGGACAACUACCCGGAGCUUGUUUCCAGAAACGUAUUCAUCAAUGUUCCCUUCUGGUUCUACGCCGUCAGCACUCUCCUGUCUCCAUUCUUAACACAACGAACCAAGAGCAAGUUUGUUGUGCCUCGUCCAGCCAAUGUCACAGAGACUCUUCUCAAGUACAUUCCAGCAGAGGAGAUCCCUGUUCAGUACGGUGGUUUCAAAAGAGAUGAUGAUACCGAGUUCUCCAAGGAAGCUGUUUCUGAAGUUGUUGUGAAGCCUGGAUCAUCUGAAACCAUCGAGAUCCCAGCUACUGAGACUGAAGGAACAUUGGUUUGGGACGUUGCUGUUUUGGGAUGGGAAGUGAAUUACAAGGAAGAGUUUGUGCCAGCAGAUGAAGGAGCGUACACCAUAAUUGUCCAAAAGGUGAAGAAGAUCGGUUCUAAUGAAGGUCCGGUCAGGAACAGUUUCAAGAACAGUGAGUCUGGUAAGAUUGUUCUCACCGUUGACAAUGUCUCUAGCAAGAAGAAGAAGAGAGUUCUGUACAGGUACAGGACCAAGACGGAAUCCUCUUGCUGAACUUGAGGCUUCAGUAAAAUCAUCUAAGCAGUCUCUGGAUAUAAUAUUCUUUUGCUACAGUUGAAAAGUUUGGUGUUAUUAUUAUUAUUUUUGAGUGAUACUUAACGUGAGAAAGAGAUACUACUGCCAUUGUUUUAUUGAAAUUCAAUCUUUUUUUGCUUGUGUUAUGAAAUUUUUUUCUC